AAAAACAAUCGAGGCCCUUCUCUUGCCGGGCGAGGCUAGGGCUCCGAUAGUGGGGCGCCAUGGCGGCGGGUGACGGCGGCGACACGGCGGCGCUGCCGACGGAAGUCGCCGCACUCCGGCUGCGCAUACUGGAGUUGGAGAGGGAGAACCAGAGGCUCGCCCAGAUUGUUUCCACCUGUAGCUGCAGCUCCAAGGAGGACAAUAUACCGUCUUCUUUAGCUGAGAGCUGUGAUCAACAAGUACAGAAGAAUGUAAAAUCACACGAAAGUAGAACCUCAGACCAUGGUUGCAAUGUUAAAGGGGAAGGGCAUGAUGAUUUAUCUAAAAUUCGAAGGAAGCAUUCUAAAAGAACAGGUCACCAAGUAGGGAAUGUAAGCCACUGCCAAAAGCGACUAAUUGCUCUGAAAAUCAUGUACUUCGGCCAGAGAUUCUAUGGCUUUGCUUCAGAAGCCCACACAGAGCCGACGGUUGAGUCUGAGAUUUUCAAAGCAAUUGAAAGAGCAAGACUACUGGUUGGAAGUAGGGAAGAUUCAUGCUAUUCUAGGUGUGGAAGAACUGACAAAGGAGUUUCUGCCACUGGACAGGUAAUAUCCUUAUAUCUCCGAUCAAAUUUAAAAGAUGCAGGAGAGAAUAUAUUGGGUGAAAGAUCUGAAAUCGAUUAUGUAAGUGUAUUGAAUAGAAAUCUUCCACGAGAUAUACGUGUAAUAGGUUGGUGUCCUGUUGCAGCAGACUUUCUUGCAAGAUUCUCCUGUUUGGGUAGGGAAUAUAAAUACCUGUUUUGGAAGCGGGCUUUGGAUGUAUCGAAAAUGCAGAAAGCUGCAUUUAAAUUCAUUGGGGAACAUGACUUCAGGAAUUUCUGUAAGAUGGAUGCAGCAAACGUGAGCAACUACAAGCGAUACAUUACAGAUUUUAAUAUUUCUGCUUGUGACCAAAGGUCCAACCAUGAUGAGCUGUGGUCCAUGAAUAUCAGGGGUAGCGCCUUUCUGUGGCAUCAAGUUCGUUGCAUGGCAGCUGUUCUGUUUUUUGUAGGUCAAGGCCUUGAAUCACCUUGUGUAGUUGACUCAUUGCUGGAUAUUACCAAGACUCCUAGAAAACCUCAAUAUACAAUGGCACCAGAGCUUCCAUUGAUUCUACGAUCUUGUCUAUUCGAUGGAGUCAGCUUCAUGUGUUCAUCAGAUGCCAGUCAGGCUUUGAUUGAACACUUGAAGGAUGAACACCAUCAGUAUAUGCUCCAAGCUGCCAUAUUUGAUGAGGCUUUGACCUGUUUAUCUAUUCCAGAGCCUAAUCCACUUGAACACCCUAAGAAGAAGAGAAAACACAUCCCUCUCCUGUCACGGGAAGCUGAACCUUCUUACGAGGAACGCAGAGCAAGAGUCAAAGCUAAGUCAGCAAAUGUGUAGUUGAGUGGCUACCUUAAGUAGCACACUAAGAGUUUCGCCUUCGAAGAUCGGCGCGGCUGACUGGCUGAGUGUUAUAAUCAAUCCAGCAUCAAGGGGCAAUCUCCUCAUCAGAACAUCUCUCCUUGAAGCUUCUGUUCUUACUGUGUACACUUCUGGGACGGGCUAAAGUGUUAAGUGGCGAUGGGGAAUCGACAAAAGAAGUUCAUCGUUCAGAUCUCCUUCAAGUUUUCUAGGUUAUUCACCACCCUUUGCCACCUACCAGCCUUCUGACAGAACUUGAUACGAUUGAUACAUACUAUGAUUUCUCAAGCGGCAAUGCUUGGUCCCUUGGCAUUGCUUUUGUACCAGCGAUUGGCUGCAAGAUGGCGACCUUUUAUUUUGCACAAUGCAGCGUCAAUUUGUCAUGUGAUGGCUGGCUCGUAGUCUUCCUUUUUUAGGCCUGAAACAUGUAAUGAUGUCCUCCAAAAGAUUCAUAAAUUCUGAAUACCGGGAUCGUCUGGCUGUAACAAUCAAAUUGAAGCUAGAACACCAAUGCUCAUGGUAUGAGACAAGUA